CAACACUGUUCUGCUCUUCCCACUUAUAAUCGAUCGAUGGGGAAAAGGUCAACUUUUAGCAGAGUGCUUUUCGUGCUGUGUGUGAGGAGCUAUCUGGAAGGACUUGCCUGCGAUCUCAACGGGGAGGCUCAUACCGCUCUGCCUCCUGAAGCUCCUACGGUCACUAUUGACUUGUCAUUGGCUCCGGAGGAGCACUUCAAGCCGGCUGUGAGAGCUGUCUUAGAUAAACACCCUUACGGGAAGUCUUUCGAGCCUUUCUUUCACCAGAUGAAUACUACCCUCUUCGGUGCUCUCGAGUUGGACGACAGUGAUUACCAGAAGUUGUUUCGUGCUGCCAGUACAUACUUUCCCGUGCAGCUGCGAGAGCUGCAAGGCAUUUCUGCUGAGCUCGCUAGCUCUGGUCAUUACGUUAGUGUCCACUAUCUUCUAGGUUUGAUGUACGCUGCGGAGUUGGAGGCUUUGCUAUACCCGGAACUCUCAUCAGAUUCCAAAGGUGCUUGGUGUACCGCCGCUAUGGUUGCUGAUACUUGCGGUACAGUUGUCCAUGGUCGAAAUAUGGAUUUUCCCUUAGCACGAGGAGCUGAUGCGGCGUUGAUGACUCUCAACCUUGACGUCAUCAAUGUUCCUCAUAACGGAAUUCCCAAUUACAAAGCAGCGGGAAUCGCUUGGGUGACUGCAUCUUUGAUCACUGUUGAAGUGCCUCGGAAGCUGUCUAUUCAGCUCAACGCUCGAUACUAUCCGACCUAUAGAACUCACCCAACUAAGCAGGAGUUGUUCGAUUACAUCCUGGAAGGGAGGGUGCCAAUCAUGCAGUUCUUCAGAGACAUGAUUGAACAUCAUGGAGUGUUCGACUUCGAAGGGGCUAUUGACUUCACAAGCAACAAACCCCUCUCAUGCCCGAUAUACUUCGCUAUGGUGGGUGCUCGAUCCAGCUUUGAAGCAGCUAUUAUAACCCGAGAUGAGGAUGGACUUGCGGUGUUUGCUAAUGGGACCAGGACCAAGCCUUUGCUGUUGGGCAAGCAAGGCGAGAAGUCCAUCGGCAACGAGUGGUAUCUCGUGCAAACUAACUACGACUUCUGGGAGGAAGAUCCUGCCGACGACCCGCGGAGGACUAAUGCCGAGAAGUGUAUCCAAAGGCAUGGAAAGCUUGCCGGUGUCGCUGCUACUACCCGUGUUGUCAGGGAUUGUAUCCUAGAAGAUGGUGUUACCAAUUCCGAGACCGUCUACAGCACGAUCAUGAACCCCACGAGUUCCCAAAUUACAACAUAUAUGAGAUCUGAUGCAUCGUUGAUCGAUGGAGCAAACGGCUCAUAGCAUGCUUAUAAAUUACGUCCUAUCGUUGCUGCUAUUUUUAUUUUUCAUUGGCGGCACUCGAUUAUCGUUUAUCUCACGGACGACAACUUAUGCCACUUCAAGUGCCAUUCGUUGUCCAGUGAGGAUCUGCGAUGUCUUUUGUGGACAUCUUAACAUUAUUAUCCGCACUCAAACAAUAUUGUUACCUCGUUAUUUUUGGUACUCAGCUCGUCAUGGAAACGGUUGCAGUAUUUCAAAGUGGACAAGCUAGCAUGUCUUCUCUCCUGAUACCGCCGAUGCCGGUAUAUGCGGUAGUGAAGAAGUUGAUUGGUGUUGAUUCGAGACAGUGAUCCAUCCCCUUUGGAUGAUGCUACACUCAUCUCUCACAAUAUCUUAUCUCACUAAGACUUGUUUCACAU